UCCCAGCCUGCCGGUCCCCGCCGUCUGCGUCCACGGCGUCGUCGUCGUCGUCCUCGCGUGCACACGGCAAGAGGAGCACGGGAGACGUUGCUGCGCCGCCGCCUCCGCCUCUGCUCGCCCUCCCGUUGUCGUGCCGUUUCCUCCUCCACGCCCCCUCGGUCCUCAGCAGGAGGAGUGCGGCUCCCCGCUGCAGCUGCUCCUGCUCAAGGACGAGGUGAUGAAGAUCACCCCCGUGCAGAAGCAGACGCGCGCCGGCCAGUGCACCCGCUUCAAGGCCUUCGUCGUCGGCGGCGACAGCAACGGCCACGUCGGCCUCGGCGUCAAGUGCGCCAAGGAGGCGGCCACGGCCAUCCGCGGCGCUAUCAUCCUCGCCAAGCUCUCCAUCGUGCCCGUCAGGAGGGGCUACUGGGGGAACAAGAACGGCCAGCCCCACACCGUCCCAUCGCUAGUGCCCGCCCCCUGGGGGUCUGAAAUCGUGGCCGCCCGCGUCCCCCAGAAGGUGCUGCCGUCCGCCGGCAUCGAUGAUGUCUUCACUUCCUCUCGUGGAUCCACCAAGGUAUAAACUAACCCUCCCUAUAUCCAUAUUAUGUGAUGCUCUCGUCAUUGGAACUUUACUGUCAGUACAAAAUUGCUUGUAUUAUGUGUGCAUAGUGUAGAAUGUUCAGUUUAAUUAUGCUGAAUCUUCUGAUCUGCUUCCAAAGUGAUUGCCUUGUGCA